UGCCGAAAAAGGGGCGCGGUUGUCCGCGUCUCCCAUUUUUACCAAGGAAAUUUGUUUUACUCUCUCUACGGAUGAGGAAUGAGACGAAAGACGAAUGCAAGGAGGAGUAGGAGGACGAAUGAGUUAUGAUCACACUCAACAAGAUUGACACUGAUGCAAGAAGUGCAGAUGUGCCUAUCUCAUCGGAUCUUGAUCGGAUCCUUUUUGUUACUCACUUGUCUCACUUCUCUAUUGGCUCCCAAAAAAGCGGGAUUCGAUCCGCCAAUCUGCUUUCGGGGAAUUCCGCGGGAAUACUCGAAAGUCAAGUUCCAAAUUUUUGGACGGUUAAUCUUAUUAGGGGGCGAUGUGGGGCUGAAUUGAAAACAGGGCGGAUUUUUUGGACUUCUGUGGAGUCUAAACUUUGACUGUGCAUGUGGAUUCAAAAUUUGGGGAAAAUUGUACAAAUAUACGGCCGACAGCCUUGUGCCGAGAAAGGGGCGUGACUCCACUUGGGCCUCACCUACCAACUCACAACAAGACACGAAGACACCUCCCAUUUUUAUUUUUCACCAAAAUAAUAGUAAAGUAAUACCAAAGAAAUUUAUCAUGCCCUGCAUGUCUUCUACAAAAAUAUUUUCCACAUUAAGUAAUUAAAUUCACCCAACACACAGAUCUGGCUGAAUGGUCCUGCCAAAGCCAUAAUCAAUAUCAACAACAACAACAAUAAUAGUAAUAGUAAACAAGGAGAUAAGCAGUACGCAAACCUCGUGCGGUCUCGGCGAAUUUUGGGCAAAAUAUGUUGAAAGUGUUAAGUGUUCAGAUAUCUGCGAUUCGGCGCCAGCAGCAGUUUUGCUUUUAUGAGGAAUUUGAACCCGACACGAAACUGCAGUGGCCUUUCCUCGCCGGAGAUCGAAAUUCCAUUCUCGAAUGGCCGUACAAUUAAAAUAUCUACCGGAAAAUUGGCCAGGUUCACAGAUGGUUGUGCCGUUGCCCAAAUGGGUGACACGGCCGUCAUGGUCACCGCCGUCUCUAGGAACAAAGCUUACCCAGCCAACUUCACCACACUGACCGUGGACUACCGGCAAAAAGCAGCCGCCGCGGGAAGAAUUCCCACAAAUUUUCUCCGGAGAGAACUUGGGCCUUCCGAAAAAGAAAUCCUCACUAGUCGACUGAUUGACCGUUCUGUCCGGCCACUUUUUCCUGAAGUGUAUAAUUUUGAAACGCAACUUAUGUGCAACUUGCUGGCCGUCGACAGUGUCAACGACCCAGACAUUGUCAGCAUCAACGCUGCUUCGGCUGCUCUGAGUCUGUCCGAUAUUCCUUGGAAUGGACCUGUGGGGGCUGUAAGGGUGGGCCUUGCUGGGACCGAAGUGCUCAUCAACCCCACAAGAAGGGAGCUUGCGGACAGCAGUUUGCAUUUGAUCGUCAGUGCCACAAAGCAAAACUUGGUUUUCAUGUUGGAAGCAGCAGCAGAUAAUGUUCUGAUCACAGAAUUUCAAAAAGCUGUGAGAGCAGGAGUGAAAGAGAUUUACAACAUAGUGCUUGGCAUCCAAAGACUGACCAAGGUGUACGGAAAGAUGAAAAGGAAUUUAGAGCCUGCGACACCCGUUCCAAGUGAAAUAUGGGAGGCUGUGAGAAGCAUAAGUGAGAUGCGCUUGAGGGAAAUCCUCCGAGAUAGUACUCACGACAAGUUGUCCAGAGACAAGGCUGUCGCUCAGCUUAGAACUGAUGUCAUUGAGAAGGUGGUGGAAGAUAUUGCAAAUUACAAUUUUGCAGUGGACUCGUUUAACAAAGUUUUUAAAGAAACCUUCCGAUCACUCAUAUUCGAGGAAAAUACCAGGUGCGAUGGACGGAGUUUAACCCAGAUUAGGCCAAUUUCAACACAAGUUGAUUUGUACAAACCUCUACAUGGCUCAGCCUUCCAACAAGGCCAAACUCAGGUUUUCUGCACUGUGGCCCUCGACUCACCAGAUUCUGCCAUGUGUCUGGACCCUGUAUCAAUACUUACUAGUGGAAUGAAGGAGAAAAACUUUUUCCUGCACUAUGAGUUUCCACCAUAUGCAACAAAGGAAAUUGGCAAAUCAGGAGCAGCUGGGAGGAGAGAAAUGGGCCACGGAGCUCUUGCUGAAAAGGGCCUGCGACCAGUUGUGCCUAAAGAUUUCCAGUUUACAAUAAGACUGACUUCAGAAGUGCUGGAGUCAAAUGGUUCAUCUUCAAUGGCGUCUUUUUGUGGUGGCAGCAUGGCCCUGAUGGACGCAGGAGUGCCAAUUUCCAGUGCAGCGGCCGGAGUGGCCAUUGGACUGGUCACCCGUUUCAAAAAAGAGGACACAAAGCACAUGGAGGAUUACAGAAUUCUCACAGAAAUUCUUGGAAUUGAGGAUUAUUUGGGUGACAUGGACUUCAAACUGGCUGGCACCAAAAAAGGUAUCACUGCUCUGCAGGCAGAUGUCAAGAUUCCAGGAUUGCCACUGAAAAUAGUGAUGGAGGCAUUGCAACAGGGGGCCGAACCAAAAAGUAGAAUCAUAGAUAUCAUGGAUGAGACUAUUAAGAAACCAAGAAAGCACAAGGACAACUGGCCAGUGUCGGAGAGGAUAGAAGUUCCCCCUCAUAAAAGAUCAAAGUUUCUUGGCCUGGGUGGGUCCAAUCUGAAGAAACUGACUGCAGAAACAGGAGUGCAAGUCAGCCAACUGGAGGACAAUAUCUUCCUCUUUUUUGGCGGCCCCAAUCAAAGUGCCUUACAUGAGGCCAAAGAGUUCAUGGAGAAACAAACUGAAGCACCCAGGGAGCCAGAACUGGAAUUUGGUGCCAUUUACACUGCAAAGAUUGUGGAGCUGGAGCUUCGAGAAAUUGGUGUCAUGGUAACGCUUUAUCCUGGCAUGAUUCCAACUCUGCUGCACAAUUCUCAGCUCGAUCAGAGAAAAGUUUCUCAUCCCACUGCGCUUGGUUUGGAGGAGGGCCAGGAAAUCCAGGUCAAGUUUUUUGGAAGAGACCAUGUUUCUGGAAUGAUCAGAUUAUCAAGGAAAGUGUUGCAAGGACCAGCAACUGCAGUCAUAAGAGAUCUCAAUAGGACUGGUAGCAAAUAGGAGUGAAUGGACUGUAGAAAUUGUCAAGUGAUUAAGUUGUACAUAUAUUUUAUGUAAUGAAAUAUUUUGUAAGGCCUAAAUGUAAAUUAAAUGUUUUUGUUGAUAUUUCCUUGAGCAUGAACUGCUGAGCUUCGCAUCAGUUAAAAAUAUGUUAUAGAUAUACGACAAACUAAUAGCUGAUGAUCUACAAUGGUAGGUUAAAAAUACAAGACAUAUUAAUUGCCAUAAAAAUUUCAAUAUCAUAAUUUUUAUUUUCAACAUAAUUGUAAACAAUAUUAGACAAAUUAUGUAUGUACUACCAUCAAAAAAUUGCGUAGUCAUUGGCAGCCCAAGAUUAAAUGAACACACUUUGCAAUAAAAAUAAAACUUAAUAGAUUUUGACAGUUGGUUAAAAAGAAAUAUAAAUAUUAUAAGGUACAUAAUGCAUAAACAAAGAAUGACUAUUUUUUAUUAAAUGCAAAUAUUCAAUUUACCUUUCAUUUUAAAAGCUUUUCUUUUUCUACAAAUAAGAAAUUUUAAUCUAUUGUUUCUUUUAGCUGAACCUGCGUCAAUCUUUAUAUAAUACAUAAAGCAGUUCAUACCCCAACUUCCAGAAUGCAGGUCUUUCCCUCCUUAAAGGAAAAUAUCCGAAAGAAAAGGAAAAGUAAAUUGGUGCUCAAUGAUGAACUGUCUACAUCCACUCUUUUUGCUGGUGAUGGUGACCAAGUGUACUGCUGCCACCUGGGACGCAAGUUAAGAAAUUUAUCUGUGCGUUAUGCAACCUGCGUGGCUUUGGAGUAGCGUUGUUUGCAGCGUACAUGUUAUGAUACCGUAUACCAGUAUUUUAAUACAUGUCGGCAAUAGCACAUGACGUUAAUUUGAAAUAUAUUUAUGUAACAUAGAAAUAUGAAAGUAAAAUAACAAAUAAAAUAAAAACUUUUCCGUAACUUGACCGAACUGCAAACCUACAUGUAAGUGAAUAACCAAAAUAUAUUCAUGAAAAAGAUUUAAAAUUCUUUCUUUAAAGAAAAAAAUAUGAGUUAGAAUUUCACGAUCAAAUCACCAUCAAAAAUAUAAGCUCGAUUUGCUUCAUAAUUUCUGGAACUUUGGAAAAAAAAAGUCAUCUCAUCAUUUUUGCUGAAAUAAUUUAUGUAAAGGAAAAGGAGACGGGAAAACUUCCAGCAGUUUCCUCUUGCAGCUUUUUGUUGAAAGAGGUGCAUUAUCAUAUAAAGCUAUUUUCAUGCUCUGUAAAAUAUAAUACAUAUUCUAUAUCACUAAGUCGCAUGCAUCGCCUAAAGGCAAACGGAAUUAUGUCAAACCCUUUUUGCGCUUUUUUUUAUUUAGCCUGAAGCGCUUCUCUCCUCUGCAGAUCAUUUCCCAGGCAUAAAAAAAAUGUAAAUAUCCUGGAAAACAAUACACACUAUUUUUUGGUAAAUAUUUAAUUUGAUACAGCUGUAAAGCAAAUGUGU